GGCCGAGUGCAGACGAGAGGAAUUUUUUUCCCGUGAGCAUUCCCCGCUCAGUUCAGCCGCUGUCCAGACCUGGGUCGGCGAGAGUGCCGCCUCCACCGGUUCUCCUACCGCUAGCCCGUCAGUCUGAACGCCCCCAGCCCUCCCGCGAGGGCGCCCCGGGACGGAAGGAUCCAGCAGCCUGUCGGCGCCCGCCGUUCUCGUGGUCGCCGUCGCCGUCGUCGUUGUGGUAGUCUCUGCCGUCGCCUGGGCCAUGGCCAAUUACAUCCACGUCCCGCCCGGCUCCCCGGAGGUCCCUAAACUGGACGUCACGGUGCAAGAUCAGGAGGAGCAGCGCUGCCGGGAGGGGGCCCUGAGCCUCCUGCAACACCUGAGGCCGCACUGGGACCCUCAGGAGGUGACCCUGCAGCUUUUCACUGAUGGAAUCACAAAUAAACUUAUUGGCUGUUAUGUGGGUAACACAAUGGAGGAUGUCGUCCUGGUGCGAAUUUAUGGCAAUAAGACUGAGCUGUUAGUAGACCGCGAUGAGGAAGUGAAGAGUUUCCGAGUGUUGCAGGCUCAUGGCUGUGCACCGCAGCUCUACUGCACGUUCAACAAUGGACUGUGCUAUGAGUUCAUACAGGGAGAAGCGCUGGAUCCAAAGCAUGUCUGCAACCCUGCCAUUUUCAGGCUAAUAGCUCGUCAGCUUGCUAAAAUCCAUGCUAUUCAUGCACACAAUGGCUGGAUUCCCAAAUCUAACCUGUGGCUAAAGAUGGGAAAAUAUUUCUCUCUCAUUCCCACAGGAUUUGCAGAUGAAGACAUUAAUAAAAGGUUCUUAAGUGAUAUCCCAAGCUCUCAGAUUCUUCAGGAAGAAAUGACUUGGAUGAAGAAGAUUCUUUCCAACCUGGGCUCACCUGUUGUGCUUUGCCAUAAUGACCUGUUGUGUAAGAAUAUAAUCUACAAUGAGAAACAAGGUGAUGUACAGUUCAUUGAUUAUGAAUAUUCUGGAUACAACUACCUGGCAUAUGAUAUUGGAAAUCAUUUCAAUGAAUUUGCAGGUGUGAGUGAUGUAGACUAUAGUCUUUAUCCAGAUAGAGAACUACAGGGCCAGUGGCUGCGUUCUUACCUUGAAGCCUACAAAGAAUAUAAAGGUUUUGGGACUGAAGUUACUGAAAAGGAAGUAGAAAUACUCUUCAUUCAAGUCAAUCAGUUUGCUUUGGCUUCUCAUUUCUUUUGGGGAUUGUGGGCUUUGAUUCAAGCCAAAUACUCUACUAUUGAUUUUGAUUUCCUUGGGUAUGCAAUUGUUCGUUUUAACCAGUACUUUAAAAUGAAGCCUGAGGUUACUGCAUUAAAAGUGCCCGAGUAAAGAAGACAUUUAAUUAUUCUUAAGUAGCUGAACAAUGCUUGUGGAUCUUUAAGAAAUUCCAAAAAGUCAAUAUUUGUUAAAAUUCUUUUAAUUUGGUUUUCUUGCUUUACAAAUUAUGCCUUUUAACAACCAAUUUAUUUUUUAAAUAGUCUGAAUGAUGUCAAGAAAUAUACCUACUGCUUUCAGUAUGUGGUGGGUUAGAAGUUUGUUAAAUUGGCAAAAAGAUACAAAGAUGUCAGUUUAAUCCUUUUAUAAUUUAAUCUGUGUUAUAUGUGAAUUAUUUAUUAUAAAUUUAACAUGAAUUUUGUGACUGCUUUCAUCUGUUUCAUCUGUUUGUUGAGUGUAAGCAAUGAAAAAUUUCCAGAGAAAAAAAUUUUUUUGUUACGUUUUACUUUAAUAAGAUUAAUUUCAGUAAAGAUUUUUGGUGUUUGGUGUAACCUUUCUGACGCACUGUAAGUAAACUGAAUCAUUUACUCUUGAAAUGCCAGAUGCUGGUUUAGACAACUUAGAAUGUUCAUAGAAAAACAUGUUUAGGAGUGUGAAAUGCAUUCACUGUCUAUGCUCCUAGUACAUCUUUCUGAAGUAUUGGAAAGCAUUUUGGAGGGGGGAUCAUCUUAGAAUUUAAAUUUCCCUCUUCUUACAUAGUCUGGCAGAAUAAAUAUUAAUAUUUACCAUAUAAUCCUGGAAUAGAUAAAUGGUGGUUUUGUUACCAAAAUCUACAUUAAAUAAUGUUUUCAUGUACUAUGUAUGGUCAUUUAAGGUAAAGUUUGUUUUUAAAGUUUUACUGUAUCAAUUUGUUUCUAACCAAAAAUUUUGUUUCACUUAUUGGGAUAUUCUGUAUUUUGUUUGUUAUUAAAUAGUAGCUAGUACAGCAGUUACUAAUUUUUGAAACAAAGGUAGAAUGCUUAUAAUAUUUGGUAACAAGAAAAUGUCAUUUAGAUGAAUUCUUUUUUACUUCUCCAGAUUCAUUCCUUACACUGUGGCUUUAUGUUUUAGUUUGGCUUCUGUGUCUUUAGAAUGAUUGUAAAUGAUUACUUGAUAACAUGUAGUUUCAGAGAAAUAAGUUGAGGUGGUUAAAAGAAUUAAAUAAGGAACAUUUAGAACAUCAAUCCUCUAUACUUAAAAUCUGAUAUAACAGUGUGAAUUAAGCAAAAAUACUCAUGGUAGGAGGGCUUCUGUUUAUUUUGAUUUCUUUUGAUUUUGUUUGUUUUUGUCUGUUUGUGAGAGGAUGACAGUUAUUAUUUGGAAGGAACUUGUGUCUUUGGGAUAGAUAAGCAAACUUCAAGUUUUGAAGACUGCUGUGUGGAGUUGAGCAGUCAUGGUUAACUUUGCUUAGAAAAUUAGUCUGAGAAGCUUUGCACACUUUGGUCACAUAAGUGCCCAUGUACAAGGUUGGCUUAAUGGAUCUGCAUAUUCAGAAUAUGUAACUGCGAAUUUAUCCUCUGUGAAAUCUGGGGAGUCUGAUGUAUUGUUCCAAAUGACUUAUACUCUCAGAUAAGUGCUUUAAAAUACUUGGAUUAGCUCAAGAUGUUUAAAGCUAAUAAAGUUAAAUAGAAACACAGGCAUUUAAAAUGGUAAAUUCUAGUUACAUGAAUAGAAUCUUAAAAUCUGUUUGAAUCUGUAACAGUGUUGUUAGCCACGAUUUGUUUCCUACCUCCCCAAUGUUGCAAAUGUUCGUUUCUGUUUUUAUAAACCGUAUUACUGUUGGAUCAGUAGAAUUUUACCUAAUUAACUAAAGGAAAGGAACUAAUUAAACAGUUAAUAGCUUUUGAUAGAAUGUUAAGAGUGAACUUGAGAAAUUGUUUUUGGUGGAAUUUUCAUCUUUGGCUGGAACAUUUUCUUAGAGCAUUUUCUUAGAAUGAAGAAUAUGUAGGACUGGAGUUUUUUGGUUUUUUUUUUUGCUUUCUGACUUCUUAAAAGUGCAACAGUGUAUAUCUUGGAGAAUGGUGGGAGGAGAGGAGAUCACUUUUCUGUCUUCCUCCAUAUUCUUCAGACUGUUUUGAAUAGAGAUUCACUGAGCCAUUGCUGGUAGACUGUGCAUAGCUGCUCGCUGUGAUACGGUUGUAAGUGGUUCAGAGAGAUUCAGGAAGUGAAUGUAAAGGGGAAUAAAGACUCUCACUUUAGCCCUAGGCAGUGGAUCUUGAGAACAAAAUAAGAUACUUAAGAUAUUUCUCCCACUCUUUGGGGUAUCAUGAUGUUCUCACUUCCUUUUCAGGUUUUGGGGAUCAUACUUCAGCCUAAAAUAGAGUUCAAAAUUGCUUCCAUUUGAAUUGAUCAUUUAAGGGAUUCUCAAGGGAAAACAUCCCUCUAAAAUUUGUCCUGUGGCUUGCUGAGAUGUCUUUUGCCUUUUUAUGUUAAGGAACUUGAAUGCCUUACCUAAUAACUGAUAGUAAGCUCAUUUUGUAAAUAUGAAAAUGGUUGUUAGAGAAGUGGCAUUCAUGUACACUCAUUGUUAGUCAGUAGACCAUAGUGGCCUGGAUGCUUAUAAAACAAGCAGGAUUCCACAGUUCUUUUCCCCUUUGUUCCUUACCUACUUGUGUGAUCUUACCUGACCAGUAAUACUUGACUUUUUUCCCUCCAGACCCCAUACUACCACCACUUUCUGGGAAUUAAAGAGAUGUGGUAGUAAAUCAUACUGUUCACGUGAUCAUUUGAGAUCAAUAUGAGCACAAAACUCAUCAACUAGGUCUGCCUGGAAUGUAUAUAAAACAGUGUAAAUAAAAGUUUGUAAAUUAGUGUGAAUUGUAUCUUGCAUAUGAGAUUGUGUAUUGUUUUUGCAUUCUCUUCCCUUUUGUAGACAUUUUUCUGUAAGGGAAUGAUCCAGCUCUUUGGUUUUAGACUGGAAAUAACCAACAGAUGGGGUGGUACAGUGGGAUAACAAGAGGAACUGGAAAUAGGGUUAUCCAUUUUUGUUAAUGUCAGUACUUACUUGUUUAGCCUCUCAGUGCCUAAUAUGACUUUUUUUUCAUUCAUUAUUUGUCCGUUAGUUUUUGGGAGGUUAGAUUCUUGCAAACAUUAAAUUAAUACCCUGUAAGAAUUCCAUUCUUUGAGUCACGAUUCUAAACUAAAGCAAAUUAAAAAUGCAGUUUUAUGAUUCCAAACUGAAGUAUUACCCUUUUCUAUUUUCAAGGCUGUUAACUUUUUUCUACCAAAAAAACACUUUCAAUUUUUUAUAUAUCUCAAUAUGACUCUUAAGUCCCAUAUGUACAAGGGAGAUGAUAAAUAAUAGCUUCUAGUUCAACUUAAGCAUAUCUCAGUUGGCUUCUCGAAGUAUGAAAUUGUUCAUUAGGGGACUGUAAAAUACAGAAAAAGGUAGAACUGUUCUUUUAAUGACUGCUAAUUCCAUUUUUGUGGAGCUAAGAAUAUUUAGUUUAACUUCAUAAACGUAUUAUGAAAGCUUCCAGAUUUAAAGGAAUAAUUCCCCCUAAACGCUCUGAAUUAAAAGUUAAAAACCUCCACUUUUAAAGUUAUAUAAGUAUUUCUUUCUUACAUUUUGUGUACCAUUUUCAAAAUCCUUCAUAAUGUAAAUGAGAAAACUAUCAUUUUGAUUUUCUGUUUCACAUUGCUUUUAAUAAGCAUUUUAUACUGCAUUCCAAAGUGAUAUAGACAAGCUUUUAAUAUUAGUCAGUCAUUCAAUUAAUAGAGUUAACAAUGCUUUAUGCUAGGAGGAAAGUUUUGUUAUUGACAGCAACUUGCGUCACUCAACACAAAAGGCAAACUCUAGUAAGUAUUAUGUAUCAAGGAAAGUGAAUUAUAAGGAUGUCCAAAAGCAACUUUAAUUUUUAUUUCAAAAUUGAUUUGCUCUGAAUUUUAUAAUAUAGUUUGUUAGAUUUUAGAAUGUGUUUGACUGGAAACUUAGUUACAUAUUAAGGCAAUUUGUUUUUGUUUCUUUUUUUUAACAAAAGACAUUAGUUAUAGGGAACAGCCUUUUUUUUCUGUUACAUACCACUUGUGUGAUUACAGUGUUUUGUCUUAGGUUUGGUGUCUUCAGAGAGAAAAGUGUAGCGAUUAUUUUAAAUGAAUUUUCCCCCAUCUUUGAAGUUUAGUGUGUAAAUGUAUUGCUCUAAAAGAAAAUGCUCAAGUUUGCAUUACUUAUUAAUAAGUAUAUUAGAUGAUGAAUUGGAUUUUUCUGAACAGGUUUUACACUAAAAUUUUCCUUUCUGGAUUAUAAUUUGAAAUGGACAAAUUUCAACUAUUUGAAUAGAAAAAAUAAUGGUAGUGCUUGUAGAAAAAUACCUUUUUGAGUUGGAGGCAUUCAGAAGUCAAGUUUUUAGUAGGGUUCUAUCCUGAAAUCUGCUUUCUCUUCUUUCGUAUACUUAAUGCACUUACGAUGCUACUGAUGUUACCAAACAGCCAGAUAAAAUCUGUGUUCAUUAUGCAUCCUAUGAUUUUUCUAGUUAUGAAAAAAGUUGCUCUGUAAAAUGCUCUUAAUCCCUAAAUGUAGACAUAUUUUUGUUUACAUCCUGUCCAUUAAUGGUAUUAAUACCAUUAAUCAUUUUGACAAAACACAAGGUGUUUAUAAAAACUGAAAACAUUAUGUGUUAUAUUUGAACUAGUUAGUGAAGAGUAAGAAAAAGCUGGCUGAUUUGAAUUGUUCCAUUAGUUAAAUUUCAAAACUAUAUCCAUGAAUACUAGAUCCUAUGAACUGGAAAAAGACCACCCCCCCAAAAAAAGCAGUGGCGGAAAUAAGAGCACUUGCAUGGUUGUGGUGUGCUGCUACCUAAUUCAUGUGGUGACACACGGACAUUUUUAUUGUUCAGUAAUCUGAGGAAGUUUCCUGUUACUUCCGUGUACUAAAGUAAUUGUAAAUUGGGGGAAUUUGCAAAGAGGAGAGUUUUAAACUCUGUUCUAUUUAGGAGCCUUUGUAUAGCUGGGUGAAGUUUCCAGGAUUUGAACUAUUUGAAUUUUAAAAUAUACUAUUAUUUUAAGAAAGAAGACCUGGCAUUAUUCCAUGUUCUUAAAUGAUAAAGACCUUAUCAGUUUCAGAAGAAAAAAACAAAAUUCAUACCUGUCAUUGCAUUAGCUGUAUGUUGAAUUGGGAAAUUGUGGCAUAAAGGUUAAAUUUGUGUUUAUCAAAUGUGAAACAUAGUAGUAUAAUGCUGCUCUGUAAAUACUGUAAGUGCUACAAAUAGUCUCAGCACUGAAAAUACAUUGAUACCUCUCAAAUGAAUGCAACGUUUGAGGUAGGUGUAUUUGAUAUGCCUCAGAAAGUAUCUGAGUGUCUGAGAACUUGUAGAUCUGUUUGGUAAUGAAGAUACUUCCUGUUUUUUGUUGCUUACUUUCAUGUUUCAAAUUUAAUUUUUACAUUUUUACUGCUGUUAAUUUAAGUAAAAUUUGUUCUGUGGUUAAAAUGGGGUUGUCAGUGAAUAAAAUUAAAAACAGCCUCAUUCAUGUAACUGCUUAAAUAAAAAUGCAUUUUUGCUAUAUGUUCACAAACUUUUAAUGAAUCUGUAUUUCUGUUUAAAUACAAGUGAUGUUUAGGCUUUAUUUCUGUUUAAUAAGGCCAUUUACCAUUGAUUAAAUGAAGGAAUGUAUCUUUUUGAAGAGAUUUAUAUUCUGUAAAUAAAAAUUGGUUGUAACAAUAAA